AUGGAUUUUCACGGAGUGAAUUGGAAGGAUCUACAAGCUCUCUGCAAAAAGCAUGGAAUCCCCGCGAAUCUGAAGACCACUAAGAUGGCUACUAGACUCGCUUCUGUUUUCCAGGAGACUGAAGAAAUUGUAGUGGAAACUACAAUGUCGCAUGAGGUUUCUGUUGAGGAUGAUGAUUUAAAGGAUAGUCUAGUUGUUAACAGAGUGGCUAAGAAAGUAACUUUCAACGAUGAGAAUCAAGUUUUCGAAUUCACUAGAUCUCUUAAGAAACUUCAGCGGAAGGAUGUUAAAUCUCGUAAACAAGGACCUGCUCAAGAUGGAAUAGAGCUCAGACGAUCUAAUCGGAUUGUGGCCAAGGGGUUAACAGUAGCUGGAUCUAGUGGAAAUGAGUCAAAUUGGAUUGCUGCUGGGACUGAUAAAGUAAGUAGCUCGUUGGAUGUUACUGAAGCUCACAAGGUUGAAGAUACAGAGGUUGAGAGACGGUCUACGCGGUUGACAUUAAAGGCAGAAACUUUAUUACCUGCUAAGCGGUUUAAACGGCUUGUAGACAUUGAUGUGCAGAGCAGUACUCAGGAGGAUGAUCAUAGAAGGUCAACAAGGCUUAAAGCUAAGGGAGGUGGGAACAAAUCUGAUGGUAGACCUAAGGAAAGUAAAGAAGAAAGAAAGAGUAACAAGCUGUCAAAAGGAUCUGCAGCAGCAGUCAAUAGUCAUGGAAGUGAGGUUGUCAAAAGAAAGACAAAGAAGGCUCCAAAAAAGAAGACAAAGAAAUUGGAUCAAGAGUGCAUUGAGAAUAAGCCACAAGGAAUAAUUGAGGACUCAGCGAACGCUGCAGAAUCUGUUUUGGUUAUUGAGAAUGUUUUGGAUUCUACAACACUGGAAAAGUCAGUUGAUAGUUCUCAAAGAAGAACCACUCUGGAGUUGAAUUCUGAAAUUAUGGAAGGAGAAUGUGACAAGAAACUUGAGGGAGGAGACACAGUUUUGAUGGCUAUGACUGAGGAGGGAAAAGAGCAAGUAUCAUCACUUGUUAUCGAGCGCUUAUCACCCGCUUCAGUGCAAUUAGCAGUAAACAGUCCUGAAGCUGAGCUAGUCGUCCCUGCUGGACGUUAUAUGACAUUUAAUCAUGCUUCUUCUCCCAAAGUUGAUUUGAAGGACGACUGUGUGGUUUUGGAAAGUCAAGAUGCAGCUCUGGAUUUCAAUGAAAAUGUCAUUGCUGAUUCAAGUGGUAGUAGUAUCAUCGCAUCCAAUGUUUGUAACAGCCAUGAUGAGUUUAUUGCCGGGGAAGAAACUGCAGGUGCAGAGUUUACACCAAAAGGCUCUCAGGCAACGAGUGUUGUAAGUCUUUCUGAGUUUGACAUUGUGGGGGCAGAGACAAUCAUGGAUGCAGUAAAUCUUGAAGGUGAUUCCGAAACAAUUGGUGAAAUUUCCAGCCACCUUGAAGUUGCCGGAACCUGUUCUCUGGUGUUAGGUUAG